AUGCAAGAUAUCGAAAAUGCUUGUAAGGAAUUUGAAUCCAAGUUUAAUAUUUCUUAUGCUGAACUCUCAUUAACUGAGAUUGAAGCCUUUGAUAUGAAAUUCAACUCUAUAUCAUUAUAUAAUGAUACAUUAAGCAACUUAACACGAAAGCUCAGCAAUUCCUUUAAAAUUCAAUUCUACGAAGAUAAUUCUUCUAAAAUAGAGAGAUAGAGAUUUUUAGAUUAGAGAGGGUUAAAGCGGGGAUUAUUUUCAGCCCCUGAUCCAGUCGAGCUUCAGCUUCACUCGUGUGGCGCUAGUCACUAAAGCCACCUGCCGCCCUUUUCUGAUGACGUCAUCAAAAAUGGUGACGUCAGCAUCUUUCGGGGAGACUCACCCGAACCUGCUUGACCAAAAUGCUUCAGCAAAGGACUCUCUUAACCCCUGGUAGUGCUCAGGGUAUGAGGGAACCGUCCGAUGCCUCCUCCUGGAACUACCUCUGCCAUUUGCAGGCAACAUAAUGCUCCUCCAGAAGUCCUCGAUUGGUAUUGCGCCGUCGGUCUUCUCGUCUGUGCGUCGAGGGGAGGCCCAGUUAGCCCAGACCGCACCCACCCCGGAAUUAAGCCACCUGCGACCUCGUAGCCUUUCCGCCAGCUUUUUUAUUUCUGGCAAAAAUUCUGAGUUCAUCUGUCGCUACUAGGCAUGCCAUGAUGGCAUUCUAAAAUAGAAGAAUUAGAAACAAUCAAAGAAAAAUUAAAAACUGAGUUUGAAGAUAUAGUUGAUCACUAUCAAAAUGACAAAAAAUUAGAAUUUUUAUUAUACAAUAAUGAGGCUAUUAAAAAAUCUUAUUCAGCUUAUAUAGAUGAAUAUCAAUGCUUCUCUAAAAGACUUCAUGCCGCAAUCGAAAACCUCAUACUCAAUGAUUUUUCUCCAUAUGUCUAUGAAGACAGUCAGACUCUCUAUUUAAUCAACAAAAAUCUUGAGCUUAAAAAUAAAGCUGAGCUGUCACUAUAUAAUAUUACAAAUUUUCAGCACUCUAAAAUAAACAUUGAAGAUUAUAAUGCACUGACCGCUGCUUCUUGCAUAGUCCAGCUUCCAAACAAAGAACUUUUCUGCUACGGAAAAGAGAACCCAAUCACUGGUAUAACCCUCAUAAUUGAUUUAAACUCUUACACAAUUAAAAAAAUUCUUCCCUCUGGAGAAAAUAUUUCCCAAGCAGGGAUUUUGUAUUUCCAGAAAUGUGUUUAUAUAUUUGGGGGAUUAGAAACAUCAGCGGCUGGAAAUUUUACUUUUUCAAAAAUUGUUCAAAGAUUUGAUUUAACAAAAAAUAGAUGAGAAACUUUGCUUUCAAUUCCAGAACAAUCUAUGAAUUGCUCAGUUGUGCCUUUUAAACAAAGAAUUUUAUUAUGAUCUGGGCAUGUUUUGUCUGCUCUUUGCUGGAGCUUUUGCUGAAUGUUAGAGUGCUGGAGAUGUAAAUAUUGAUUUUGAUUGAAAGCAAGUGAGGAAUUUCCUCUUUAAAAGAGUAAAUAGAUUUUGACUUGUCAGAUUUUAGCUGGUAAACCAAAAGAAAGAAUUUAUUUCAAGGGCAAUCUAAAAGCCUAGCAGGGUCUAUAGCAGGACUUAGCAAUGAAGAAAAUAUUUUUGAAUACGAUGUCAAUUUAGAUAGUUUUACGAAAAUUAAAUUGGAGUCUGGAGAAGAUUCAUAUAAAUUAUUAAUUGUUGGGAAUUCAAGAGUCUAUUUGUUCGAAGGCUGAGAAAAUGUUUGAGAAAGCGAAAUUAGAUAUUAGAUUGAUAUUUAAGGUCCCCACUUCUUAUUAGUGGCAUUUUCUGAGGAAUGAAGCGCCUAGCAAAACAAUCAAAUUGGGUGGCCUCCUCUCGCGACUUCAAUAUAGGCCAAACCCCUGGUUUCUUGGUAGUGGUAUUGCUCUCUCAGGUCGAAAUUUUGCCGGGGACACCAUUUCCAACUUGGUCCCUUUGAUCGUCAAGUUAGACCGUCCUGCAAUACCCUGGCCAGUAUCGCUCCGCUUAGAAGCCCUUGAAUUGGAGAGAUAGUUUGUUUCGUCUAAUCUGCUUCCCCUUUUUCCAGGUCAUCCCUGAAAAAAUACUUUACUACUUCCGUGAUUCAGGACAGACAUCUAGAGCGGUUUAUCAUGCAAUUCACUAAUUUCAUACGCCCCCUGGCUCGAGUGUUGCUGGAAAAAAGAAGUUACAAAUAGCUGCCCAUUGAAUCAGGUCACAAAGCAGAGGGUUUGUGCUUAAGUCCCUAGCUUCAGGACACCAGAUACUGCUGCUCCAACUCCAGGCUCUAAAAACUGUCCGGAUAUACAUGCGUAACUGUCACGCGAGAGGACGGGUCGGACCUUACCGUCUUUUUAUGUAUAUAGAAAGCGAAAUUGAUAAUGAAUAUUUUUGAAAUAAAAUAGGAAAAAUUGAUUAUUCUUUAAUACAUGCACAAUCCUAUAGGAUUAGAUGUAGAGAAAAUGUCUAUUUGGGUUUAAUUGAAAUGAAUGAAAAGAACAUAUGGUGUUAUUCUUAUUAUAAAUUUGAGUUAAAAGAGAAAAGGCUUGAAAGGAUAAUAAGCAUCGAAGGGAACAUUGAAUAA